AUGGACGUGGAAAACAUAAAGGAUGAUGCUGAAAUUGGUUUAUAUAAAGAAGACCACUUUAAAGAUUAUGUCAAAGAGAAAUACAAUGUUGAAUCAGAAUCAUAUCUUGAUAACUCAAAUAUUCUAAAAAUGGUAUAUGCGCUAGAAUGGUUUAAUAUUAAGAAAAACAACUCCUUAGCUCUUGUAAAAUACCACCCGAAUAUCACAAAUCGUGAUUACCAAAAGGCUUUGGAUCUUGAAAACCAGCAAAUCAUUGAUCAGUGAGCUUGCUUCUUCGUAUCCUCACUCAUAUGAAACAGAUUGCUGCUAUCUAGGUUUAACAGAAGAGUUUUCAGGUAUCCUGUAGUUACUCUAAUCUCAUCAAUCUUUACCUUUGGAAUGACUUACACAGUACUUGAUUUUUUAAUCAACAAAGAAAUCACCAACGGUUUGGAGCAAUACCUUGAACUACACUACGAUGCAGAUGCCAUGAAGAGGGACCUUGAAGAGACUGGAAUAUCAAUCAAGGCGAAGUAUUAUGAUAAGGAAGAAGUGCAGUCACAGGUUGACAAAAAAGAGAAGGAAUAA